AUGCCCCAGUUCACUUUUGUCUGCUUCUGUGGCCUCCACGGCUUCUGCAAGAUGAAGAGGAAGAAGGAAGAAGUCCACAGAGAACGAGAAACAGCAGUGUGAGCAGAACCAGGGCCCCUUUGUUAGCCUGCAGCAGGUCACAGGCCUGAGGCUGUCAUUCCUGCAAGGCUGGGGCAGGAGCCUCAAGCAUUCUAAAUCUUGUUUGAGCUGGUGCUCUGCUGGCCUACUCUUACCUGAGGGCACUGGCCUCCCGUGUGCCUCCCAGGCCUACUCACGCCCAUGCGUCCUUUAGCUUCUGGUCCUCAGACCUCUCUGGUGAGGUCCCAGUCACACAAGAGGAAUCCCAAGGCCUCUCAGUUGCCUUCCAGAGACAGAAGCCCUACGGAAGCCAAGACCUAAAGCUCUGCACCGGCCCUGAGGGCUUCGGGGCUCUGCUCAGGGACUUUUGCCUUAUUCUGCCUUGUGUGAGGAAAGCUGUUUGCUAAACAGGAAACUGGCUGCUCUAGCAGAGACCCUGGAGGUGGCCUCAGGGCUUGAGGAGUGGGAUAGCCAGUUCAAACCAAAGACGGAGCCUCUGCUUGGGUCCCAGGACCUGGAACAACCACAACCCUGGGAAAUGAGUCUUUCUCAGCCCCUGCAGCAUCUUAUUGGGCCAUGUGGGCCAGAUCUGAGGUGAGGAGAGAGGCGGAUGCUGAGUGGGGCAUUCUGUCCACAGCCCUGGCCCUCACCCUGCUUCCAUGAUGUCUGAGCCUCUGGCAGCAGUACAAAUGUGAGGGGUCUGUCCCCCACGUGCUGGACACCCUUCAGGAACUGUCUUCCAGGGACCAGACUGUGGGGCCCCUUUUCUGACUAAACUGUGUCCUCCUUCCCUUUAUUUCCUAACUCUGCCUCACCUCACCUUCUCAGGAACCAUCGAGGAGGGUGAUGCUUGUAUGUGGUACCUUCAGAGGAACUACUGGAGUAGGGGGAUCUCUGGGACUUCAGACUUGGACUCAUCUCCCCAUUCCAACAGCCGUCCCGUUUCAGUCUUGACCCUCCCACUCCAAGCCCAUUUCCAAGAGGUGGGAAGCAAAAGAACCCCACCUCCACCACCAUUUCAUCAUUGAACCAGGACCCCUCAGGUGCCAGAAGAGAGCCUGGAUAGAGACCUGUUAGACCGAUUCUAAUGCUUCUGCAAGCCAGCUGUCUUCUCUGCACAGAGACUGUCGGUACAGGGUCAGUCACACCCCUACUGGCAUCCAGGGACAGAAUUGCUUGUCUGACAUAAACAGGUGGCCUGGUAAAAGAGGCAAGUGCCCCAAGAGAGGAGGGUCUGCUUUCCUAUCCUGGGCCUCUCUGGGUGACUGGAGAAGGCACAGGCCUCUUUGCCACUCCUCAGAAUCUGACAGUGUCACCUGCCCAACUUAUGUCAGUGCUAGGAGUGUUUCCUGUCCUUUGGGCGGAUUUGGUGGGGUCAAGGUUGCCUUGGUGAGGCUCAAGCACAGCUUAAGAGUUCUUUCUUCCAUCUUCCAAGUCUGCCCCUGCCUCCCCUCAGCUCCAGCCUCCUCCAAUCUGUUAUUUCCAUUUAUAUUCAAAGAAUUAUAAACAGAAGUCCUUCAUUCAAGGGAACAGUAAGAUUCAGCCAUCCAACCCAGUGAGGUUGAAAGGGCCAGCAGAAAUCCUCCCUGGUUCUUUGUCCUCAUGGGCAAUAGAGGCCUUGGGUGAGGCAAAGAGAUGCACAAAAGCUUUAGAGAGCUGCCUUGACAGAGUUGCCAGAGAGCCCGCCUGGAGUGCAUGUGUCCCUCGUGGUGGCCUGUGAGAUGUCACCGCUGUGAUGCAGGAUGAAAUUGUAUCCCUGGAACGCAGAGGUGUUGGAUGUUUUGUCCUAACCACAGAGCUGCCCUGGAGGAAAGGUCAAGAGAGUGGAGAACAGAGGCUCCUGGAGCUUCGAGAGGGUGACAGAGGACAGCUUUCUUUGUGUGCACCUCUGAGCCCUUGGCAGGGGUGGUAGUUGCAGGGUUUGGCAGGGAGCAGGCUCAGAGGACUGCUUUCCCCAGGAGAGCUCCCUCGGCCCUGGAAGGACGUUGGCUAUCUCGGGUAUCAGCAUAUGGGAACAUGGCUAGGGUCCCAAGGUGAAGGCUUCCGAGUGCAGGGCUAAAGCUGGGGCCAGGGCUACAGCAAAAAUGGCCGGUGGAGGAGGCAGCAGCAGCUACAAGCUCUGUGCUAUUUCUCCCUUAGUUUCCUUCUCAGGGAGAGGGGGACUUUCCCCUUUCACCUUCUUAGUAAGCAGCCUGGAAACCCCUUCCCAAAUCUGUGCCCUUGGAUGGGCCUCGGCAGGUGAAAACCCAAAAGGGCCAAAGUGGCCCUAGGUCUGCCCAGAAUAGGGCUGUGCCGGGGCCUCUGACUUCUAGCCCGGGUUCCUCUGCCUGCUGCUCCUUUCCAGGUGGGCCUGGCUUCAUGUUCCUAGGUCUCACUUUUUCCCAGACAUUUCAUUGGGUAACUUUGCUUUUUUGUCCCUAUCCCCCAAGGACUGGAGAUUGAAUCCAAGGCCUUCACACUGAGACACAUCCCCAGCUCUUUGCUUUUACUUUUGUUUGAAAUAGUGUUUCCUUAAGUCAGUAGGUUGCUAGGAUGAAUUCAAACUUGUGACCUUUCAGAGUGCUGAGAUUACAGAUUCAGUGUGUGACACCAUUUCUAUCUUAAUUGUGCCCUUUUUUUUUUUGGACCGAGGAUCGAACUCAUGACCUCAUGCUUGCCAGGCAGGCGCUUAUGCCAAUGAGCCAAAUUCUCGGCCCUUAAUUGUGCCCCUUUCAUUUCAGAUCUCCUGCUCAAGUAAAGGCCACCCCGUAGUCUUUUUCUGGAGACUGCUCUAGAGGUGGGGUGCACAGACAGAUGAUCCUGUGGUGGGAGUGGGGAAGUUGUGGUUUGUUUUUGUGGUAUGGUACCGCCUCUUUCUUGCAGAAGGGUAGGAGGCCUAGCAUCCCCAUCUCUAAAGGGGGGACUUCUGUCCUGUGCCUAUUUCCCUUCUUGGGCUGUGAGCAGUUAAAUGCAGGACAAGGAAAUGUAAAUGGUGCUUGUGGUCCUUGUGACUUGAGUCUCAUGAACCCCAAGGGACCUCUGUCUCAGGUUGCAGGCUUUUUAUUAGAAUGUCAUUGCCUUCACCCCCAGGGAGGGGCCUUUUGAAUGUAGUACAUGGGUCCAUGGCUAUAUACAGAGAGUUUGUUAUUUUUGUAAUAUGAAAAAUAAUUAAACUAACUGAAAUCUUCAUGAGGCGGUACAGUGGGGCGCAGAGAGCCCUGAACGGGGGACUUAGGCUCCAGCCCUGCUUGGACGCUGCAGAUCCUGUGACCUUGUUCUCCUCAGGGUCUGUUUUCAGACUCUUCGGCCAUAAAAGAUUGAACUUACAUCCUGUGAGUCCCGCUGGAGUCCAGGGCUCUGUGGGUCUGGGAAGCAGAGCCUCAGGGCCAUACAAGCAGAGCGAUUACAGGCGUCCCGUGCCCAGCAGCUGCACUGUGUACAGGUGGCAAAUCUGUGGAUAGGGUGGGCAGAGGUGGCAUGACAGAGCUGGGAAAUGGAGGGGGAGUGACAGGGAAAGCAAGUCCCCUUGAGCUUUAUGGGAAUCCUGUAGCCAGGACCCGUAUGUCCUCUCCUCUUGCCCAUAGCCAGGCCCAGCAGAAUAAGUCUAGUAGCCUGGACUCUGGCUCUAGACCCUGUCUAGGCCACCAUAGGUGCUGCUUUUGUGCUCUUUCCUUCCCAUUUCCCUCCCUCCCUUUUUUCUCUCUCCCUUUUCACCAUCACCUCAGAUGCUCAAGAUUUAGACUGGAUCUCAAGGGCCAGCACCCUGCCCAGUUAUGUGACCCCUGGGCCUUUGCAUAGCUGCCCACACAUCCAUCUCUGAGUGGAUAGAAGUGUCCCUUGCCCUCUGCAAGGAAAGUGCCUCAGGCCAGAACUCACCUGUGCAGAGAAUGAACUUGCAUCCUUCCCAGUGGUUGGGGAUGUGCCUAUGGUAGGUCAUCCCUGAUGAUCCUCUUUGCAUGGAGAGCUCCAGGACCCCAGUGCUGCUGCGUGACUGACUCCUGUCUGUGGCAAAUUGCAUCUUCUCUCCCAGCCUCCUCCACAAAGGUGGCACUAAGUUCUGCUCCCUCCAUACCACACAAGAAGGCACACAUUACAAGAGCUCAUUGUAUCGGAUGUGUCUAGGUAUGAUUUGGGCUUUUGGAGAAGUCAUUGUGUUCACAAUGCAGAAAGGCCUUCACCAAUGCUGAGAAUGUCUGGAUUCUAUGCAAUGGGCUCAUGAUAGGCUGGUCUGGGAAGUCUGAUGUUCAUCUUGAAAGUAGCUGCUGUGCCAAGUAGGAAAUUGGGCAGAAAAGAGCACAAGAACCAAGAACCGGGAUCUUUUCUGAUGGAAUGCACGCUGUCCUUCCAGUACGCAAGCAAGAGACAGCUAUUGUUAUCGUCAGCCUGUUCCCAGUGCAAACACAGCUCCCAAGUCCAUGUUGUGAAACAGUUUAGGACCAGGGCAUCUGGCUUGCCUGAGCGACUCCUCCUGACUCCUUGGCCAUCCCUGGAGUGGUCAGUGCCUGCCAUGUUGGGGGUGUUGUGGCUGGUCAGUCCUGUCUGUGUCUCUUUUGCUAAAUUUCCAUUGGGCCAGAACCAUGGAGUGAGAAAAGAAAACAGAAACCCUGUCUUUUCACAGAGGAGCCCAGGGGGCAGACCUCUGCCCAUGGCAUCCCCAGAGGAGCUCUGCUAAGUGGUAUAAGGAAUUCCAAAAGUCAGGAGCCCUCAGAUCUGGGAAGCUUGGAAUCUGGCAGAAACCCUUAGGCUCUAGAAUUCAAGGGUUUUCUUGUGGGCUGCUGGUCUACUUUCCUCUGGGGCAGGCUUGCUUCUUCCCCCAGCUCAUUCCUGUGUUCCAUCUGAGGGGCAGGAGGAAGGCACAGGAGGGGGAGAUGGCAGGACCCAGCCAGAUCCUCAGGACUCUCCCAGCCUCUGUUGCCAUGACAACACUGCUAUUUUUAUCCCCUUGUUCAUGAUGCUCAAAGCGCUUUCUCCGUUCCAGAGAGGCCAGACUGCCUUCUGCCCUCAUCCCUCAACACAACACCUUCUCCCAGAAAAGGGAACCUUCUAAGUCAUCCCUCAGUUAUGGGAAUCUGUUGGACAGGGCUUUGUCUCUGCACUUUUGACUCUUGGUUUGCUACCCAGUUUGAGCACCCAGUUUCAUGUUUCUGGGAGAUCAAAACUCCCUUGGUUGCCCUGGGAGGCACUAUAGAGAAGCCACAAAGAGAUGCCACAAGCUUGAGAUGUCUCCCUAGCCAGCCAUGACACUGGCGCUACUGUCCUGGGGAAACCAGACCUGGUUUUAAGGAAUGUCCUGUUGGUAUAAGCCAACUCCCACUUCUGGAAAAGGGCUAGAGAACUAAGUUUAGUAAUUAGCAGCCAAAUACACAGGACACUGGUGAAUCUAAACCAAGACGUUCUUUUCUUCUGUCUCUUUACCAAAGAACUAGGACAAUUGGCUUCAUGUCUUUGUCCAGUCUUUCUACUCAAAGCAAGAGAGUAUAAAUGCUGCAGGCUAGAAAGCAUAUGCCCCUUAACCUAGACAGCUCUGUUCCCUCUAGGACUUUGAGGUCUCCCCCUUUCCCUUGCGGUGCUGGGAUCAGACCCAGGGCCUUAUGCAUGGUAGCAAGAACUUUGCUGCUGAGCUGCAGCCCCAGUCUGGAGCCUGAGCUCUUGAUGCCCUUGAAGGCAAUGUUUAACAAAAGUUAUCUUAGCGCUGUUAUUUUGCUGUCUCUUUGCCCUGGCCUAACCAUUGGUCCUCUUCCUAUGUCCCCACCUUCUUUGCAGUGGCAGGGGAUCCCUGAGAGUCAAUGGUGCUAAUGUUCCCCCACAUAGAUGCCCCUGUAUAGGUCAGUGAGAUUUGAACCUUGUACCUGGGUGGCUGGGUUGGGGAGUACAUUACAUGUACACCCUCAACACCAUGACCUGAAGACAGGUGUAUGUCUUAAUCUAGAAGAGUAGCAAUCUAUACCUUGUUAAGCCCUGCAUUGAGGUUUUUCCUCUGCCGAACUGAAUUCUGGAUGGUUAAUGUUCCUGAGGGUGGCUGAGACCCAUUUACUAAGCCUCUAAUUGGUUUCGUUUUGGCUCAAGUUGCAUGGUUUCUCAAAUUUGUGCACCUGGAGUAAGCACUUUUCUGGCCACCACUGAAAAGCAUGCCGACAAACACUGCUCUGUUAAUUGCUGUAAUAAACAGACUUUAUUAUA